AUGACUCGUGGGCCAGGAGCUCCUUUAAAAUCGGUCAAUGGCUUUGAAAAUGAGGUCUUUACACCUCGCCACGGCUGGCCUGAUGAUGUGGUUGCUCCGAGCACUAUCGCCUAUAAGGAUAAGAACGUCAUUCCUCGUGGCAUGUCUCACAGCGAGAUACAAUCGCCCGUGGCAUCCUGGAGGGAAGCUGUUAAGAGAGCUGUCCGAGCCGGAUUUGACGCCAUUGAGAUACACGGAGCACACGGUUAUUUGAUCCACGACUUUCUCUCUCCGGUUUCGAACAAGCGGACUGAUGAAUACGGUGGAAGCCUCGAAACUCGAAUCCGGCUUGCAGUCCAGCUUGUUGAUGUCUCUCGGCAAAACAUGCCCGAAGAUAUGGCUCUCUUCUUCUGUAUCAGUGGCAUGGAGAAGGACCCAAGGAAAAAGAUUGUUGGAGGUCCUGGGUAUCAAGCCCCGGCUGCUUCACAAGUUAAGAAGCAAUCGGGCGACCGCCUUCUUGUGGGGACUGUCGGGGCUAUCACUUCCGGUCCCCAGGCCAAUGACCUCCUGAACAGGGGCCUCGACCUGGUACUUAUUGGACGGAUGUUCCAGAAGAAUCCCGGGCUGGUCUGGGCCGUUGCAGAUGACCUAGAUGUUGAUAUCAAAUCGGCUAAUCAGAUCCACUGGGUUUUUGCUGGAUGUUGUCGAAAGUGA